AUGAACAUGCAGAAACAGAAUACUAUUUAUAACAAUAUACAACAAUAUUAUAAUGAUAAUAACAUCAACAACAAAGACAAGGAUAAGGAUAAGGACAAAGAUACAUAUGUCCAACAACCAAAGAUACUCAGCUCAUCGAUGAGAUUGAGGAAACCUCAUAAUAAUAUUGCACCUCAAUCAACAUUGCCAUUGAGCUUCAGUGGCAACAAUGUAUUUCUAAAGAGGAGUAGUAGUAAUGGAGUCUUCAAUAGAGGAUCUUCGGCAUCGACCUCAACAUCAGACUCGCCAACUGGUGCCGAUCACAUGUCACAGGCAACCACACCAUCAAGAUGUUCACCAAUCCUAUCACCUUAUCUCAACUGGGUCAAUGUUCAGAGUCUGUUCACUCUCGAGAUGAUUGAGAAUGGCAAGAAGAACAACAACAAUAAUAAUAGUAUAAGUAGUAGUAGCAAUAAUAAUAGACCUCUACAUCAAUCAAACUCAUCAGCUAUAUCAACUUCAUCACAAUGCUCACCGGCAUUGUCGCCAACUACUGCCACUCCACUCAGCAACUCAAUCGAAAAGACAACUCCGCCACCACGACCCCCGCGUCUAAGUCAGCCGCCACUCUCCUCCCUUCCCACGUCCUUGUCCUCCUCCUCCUCCUCGUCCUCGUCUACGUCCACUCCUACGACCGCACCCCCUACCAUUACAUCCUCUGGCCGGCAUGCGCCUGCCGAACCCGAGAUGCUGGACGUCUUGUCCAAGGUGCGAAUCUUCCAGGAGAAGGAAGCGCGCAACCUUGAGCGUCAGUCAUCAUAUGUGGCGAAGAGUCCAAAGAGUGUUGGAGGGCAACCAGCCAGCCUGCCCGCGACCAACUCACCAAACUUUAAGUUUGGCAAUGUGCGCAGCCCGAUUGUGUCGCAGUUGAGGGACCGCCGAUCGAUCCCCAACUCACCCAUUCGUCUGUUCCAACAACAACAGCGAUUGCGGUUGCAGGAGCAGAUGCGCCAAGAGGAGUUGGAGCAGGAGCAGGAGCAGGAGUUGCAGCGCAUCCAGAAUCGUCCAAUACCCAGCAGCUUCAGCUUUGACAUCCCGCCACUGCAAGAGGUGGUACAGUGGUGCGCGCUGAACCCGCACGUUGAGGAGGCCAGACUGUCGCGUAGCAACAGCAGUAGUAAUGGCAGCGGCAAUGGUGCCAAUCCUUAUGCACACCAGAUCAAGAAGCCGUACCCGCCAUUCUCGCGUCCAGACGAUGAUGAGGCGGCCAACACAAGACAUGCCAACACACUACAAUUGUUGGCUGAGCUGUCUGGUACGGAGGAAGACUACCUACGCGAUGUGGAUCAUGUCAUUGGAUGGCUUAGGCCAUUGCUCCUCAAGAAGAGAUAUGCAAAGUCAAUGUUAUUAUCCCUCGUCACUGGCAUCGAGUUCAUUCGUAACAUCAGUGCCACCCUUGUCGACGACAUCAAGGCAAGUCGAGGCGGUGAUCAACUGACCGUGGGUGCGGCCAUCGAAGUAUUCCAGCGAGCUUAUCCAUUCCUAAGGUUGUACUCCGAGUAUUGUAAGAACUAUUCCAAGUCAAUAGCAUUCGUUAGUGAGUUGUCAAAGUCAGAUGGACACUUUAGCCAAGUACUCAAGGACAUUAUGGACGACCCUCUAUCACGUGGACUUGGUCUACCCGACUUCCUAAUCAAACCAAUUCAGAGACUGUGCAAGUAUCCAUUAUUCUUCAAUGAACUGAUAAAGAACACCGCCGACGAGGUUGUUUAUGCAGAACUGAUUGAAGUACAUCAGAACUUGAAUCAGGUGGCAGUGUUUAUCAAUCAAUGCCAACAUCACUCGGAUGAUAAUGAGCGAUUGGUAAAGGUGCAGGAAUCAGUGGACAACGUGCCAUUCGCUAUAUUCGACUCAUCAAGACGUUUGCUCAAAGAGCUGUCAGUGCGCCUGGAUCGCGAGUCUGGCGAGACCCGUCAUCUAUUCCUAUUUAACGAUAUACUGUUGUUUGCCAAACCAAAAGGAAAGGUAACCAAUCGCUAUCAGUUCUCUGCUUGCAUCCCAUUGCAUGCUGCCACCAUCAUCAUGUACGACGUCGAGUCAUCCAUCUCGAUCAAAGGUGGCGACGCUGGUUCAUCCAUCCGAAUCGACCUAUUCUUUGCCAACGCCGACGAGAUGAAUGAGCUCUACCAUCUAAUGUAUCACCAGAUGAAGGAAUACCGUGUACAUCACCAAAGCGCAAUGAAUAGGACAUUAGGAGCACAAGUUGCCGCUCCACUGUGGGAUGGAUCGGACAGUUCAGUACAUGUACACUCAAAGAAUACAGAUAGACAUAGGGAGUUGAAACGUGGUCCUAGGGGAGGACUGUUUGCCAUCAUGGAUGCCUUUGACAAUCCGAAUGGGGCAAAUACAACAAUGAACGAUACACAACCAUUACCAAAGAGUCGGAGCAAGUUAUCAUUGGCAUUCCUUAAGAAUAAAGACUAA